AUGGAAAUCACCGAGGAAAUUAUCCAAGAACUUAGACACCGAUUUGAAGAGUCUGCGAUCAAAUGCUCAGAACGAUGUCUAUACCAAUCUUCAAAAUGGUACACCCAAAAACAAUCUAUACCGCUUAAUCAUGAAGACACCGACGCUGAAUCUUCAAUGGAUAUUGCAGAACCCCCCAUGCCACCAAUCAACCCAUACUUAGGCGCACAAGACCCUGCCGAAGCGGUGAUGGAAGCCCGAGAAUCCCACAAAUACCUCCUGGCCAAAUCAUACUUUGAUACUCGAGAAUAUGACCGCUGUGCGGCGGUAUUCUUACCUCCGACCACACCUCCCGUACCUCUGUCUGUAGCCUCUCCAAACUCGAAAUCGAAGCAACCGCGCACAUCUCUGAAGGGCAAAGAGAAAGUAUCGCCAUUCCAAGGUUCGAAAGGUCAACCGCGGAGGAAUCCAUACCCAAAACUCAGUCAAAAAUCGCUUUUCCUUGCCCUAUAUGCGAAAUACAUGGCAGGAGAGAAGCGCAAGGAUGAGGAAACAGAGAUGGUGCUGGGCCCAGCGGAUGGUGGAACGGCGGUCAAUCGCGAAUUACCGGAUCUCGCCCGUGGCUUGGAAGGCUGGCUGAUGGAACGCAGCUCCGAGGGCCUUGAGGAUCAGGGACAGGGAUGGCUAGAGUAUCUCUAUGCCGUCGUCUUACUGAAGGGGCGGAACGAGGAACUGGCGAAGAAGUGGCUCAUUAAAAGUGUACAUCAGAACCCAUUCCAUUGGGGGGCAUGGCAAGAGCUGGGUGACCUCCUGGCCAAUAAUGAAGACUUGAAACAAAUCGUGGACCGUCUACCAAAGAGUCUCAUGACCUUGAUCUUCCACACCUACAGCAGUCAGGAACUUUAUCAAACCACACCCGAGACAUACAAGGAUCUUCAACAACUUCAAACAUUAUUCCCUACCAACGCAUUCCUCCAGACACAAGAAGCACUGCUUUAUUACCACGACAAAGACUUUGACAAAGCGGCUGAGAUAUUCAAUGAAAUUCUGGCUACAUCUCCACACCGGUUGGAUAGCCUUGAUCACUAUUCCAAUAUAUUAUAUGUCAUGGGUGCACGACCCCAACUGGCUUUCGUCGCUCAGAUUGCUAUUGCCACCGACAAAUUCCGCCCUGAAACGUGCUGUGUUGUGGGAAACUACUAUUCCCUGAAAUCCGAGCAUGAGAAAGCGGUCAUGUACUUCCGGCGUGCACUGACACUCGACCGCAACUUCUUGUCGGCUUGGACCCUUAUGGGCCACGAGUAUAUAGAGAUGAAAAACACACAUACCGCUAUUGAAUCAUAUCGCCGUGCUGUUGAUGUCAAUCGCAAAGACUACCGUGCUUGGUACGGUCUGGGUCAGGCUUACGAAGUCCUCGACAUGUCUUUCUAUGCCCUGUUCUACUACCAACGAGCAGCUGCCCUUCAACCAUAUGACCCGAAAAUGUGGCAGGCAGUAGGCUCGUGCUACGCGAAGAUGGGCCGCAUCGAGCAGAGUAUUCAAGCUCUAAAGCGUGCCCUGGUUGCUGGAGCCUAUUAUGCAGACGGUGCUUCAGGCAUCGGUGCAAGCCCUGGCCCUGGUGCCCGCAAGAUUCUCGAUGCAGAGACAUUACACCAGAUUGCAACUCUUUAUGAACGACUUGACAAUGAAGAAGAAGCGUCUGCCUACAUGGAAUUAACCCUGCAGCAAGAAUCCGGCGGUGCUCCUGUGAAUGAAGAUGGAAAUUCAGACGAGGACGACGAGUACUCUUCUGCUUCUGAACAUGCUACGCAUAGCGAUGAAGCCGAGAAUUCUGGCGAUGAUGAAGACGGACCUAGACGACGUCGCCGGAAGCCUCGUCCUCGAACCUCAUCAUUUGCCAUGCAGAAUGAUGACUCCACCGCUACUGAAACAUGGCACCAUGGCACUGGUCCCACGGCAACCACAUCUAGGGCACGCUUGUGGCUGGCGCAGCAUUCUCUGCGACAUGGUGACCUAGACCGUGCGGACCAACUAGCUGGAGAGCUUUGUCAAGAUGGAUUUGAAGUCGAAGAGGCGAGAGCGCUCAUGAGUGAUGUUCGAGCCAGACGGGAAGGUGAUAGUUAG